AUGGAUAGAAAAAGUGCAACCUCUACUAUGGCCUCUAAUGACCCCAACCCUCUUGACCCCCCUGGGACCCCCCAGCCUGGUGACCUCAUUGAGAUCUUCAGACCGGCCUAUCAGCACUGGGCUCUGUACCUGGGAGAUGGUUAUAUCAUCAACUUGACACCUGUUGACGAGAGUCAGGCUGCAGCCAUCUCCAGUGUGAAGUCAGUGUUCAGUCGAAAGGCAGUGGUCCGAAUGCAGCUUCUAAAGGAAGUGGUUGGAGACGACUCAUACCGGGUCAACAACAAAUACGACGACGACCGCACUCCAUUGCCUGUCGAUGAUAUAAUUCAGCGAUCUCAAGACCUCAUUGGCCAGGAGGUGUCUUAUGACCUGUUGGGCAGUAACUGCGAGCACUUUGUCACCUUGCUGCGCUACGGGGAGGGGGUAUCUGAGCAGGCCACACGGGCCAUUGGAGCUAUCAGUUUGGUGACGGCUGCAGCAAGUGCCUUCUCUGUUCUUGGACUGAUCAACACACGCUCCAGAAACCGACCCUUCUGA